AAAACUACGAAAAUGCCUAGCGAUACCAUUGCCAAAGUCCAGGACUAUAAAGAUUCAUUAAUCAAAAAAGCCGAAAAAUUAAUCAUCGAAGGUUUCCCGGAAAAAAUCGUAGAACUCAAUGACUUGCUCAGCACACCCAUGUUCAGUGAGCGUAACUUCACUGAGGUCCAUCAAGACUUGAACAUUCCAAUUCCCGAUCCCAUUUUGGUAAACAGCAAUAAUGGCUCGGAUGAUGCAGCUGCUGCCGGCGACAAGGCAGCCGAUGGUGCUGGUGAUGCGGAUCAACCGGCUGCCAAAAGAGCCCGCACUGAACCACCAGCUGUUGUCGGUACUAAGGUUAUGUAUUUGCCAACUGGUUCAGUGCCCUGCAAUACACCGCUCUGUGAAAUGAUUAAGGUUGUCAAGCCCAUUAUUCGCAAAUUGGUGGAGGAUUCCAAUCUCCUGAAAAUGUGGAUUUCAUUUAUGAUUCCCAAAAUAGAGGAUGGCAACAAUUUCGGUGUUUCCAUUCAAGAAGACACUUUGGCUGAAAUCCAAACUGUCGAAUCGGAGGCUGCCGCAUUCUUUGAUCAAAUUUCCCGCUAUUUCUUGUCGAGAGCUAAGGUGGUAUCGAAGGUCGCCAAAUAUCCACACAUCGAUGAUUACAGACGUGCCGUGGUAGAGCUGGACGAAAAGGAAUAUCUUAGCCUGUGGUUGGUGGUUUGUGAAGUUAGAAAUCGUUAUUCCUCGCUGCACGACAUUGUCAUUAAGAAUAUGGAAAAACUUAAGAAACCACGUUCCUCAAAUGCCGAAAGUCUUUACUAAACCGAAACGAAAUAAAA